ACAUUUUUAAAGCCAUGAAGGGACAGAGCACGGAGCGGUCGGGGAGAGCGGCGGAGCCGGAGGCAGACGCACCGCGGGUUCCCCGGGAGGGCCCGCGCGGCGCGGGGCGCCGUCCCUAAGCCGCUGGGUCGCCUGCGUCGCGGGGAGCGCAGCGCCGGCUCCGGCUCGCCAUGAGCCACCUCUUCGGUCCCCGGCUGCCCGCUCUGGCCGCCUCACCCAUGCUCUAUCUGUACGGCCCCGAGAGCCCCGGGCUGCCUCUGGCCUUCGCCCCCGCGGCCGCUUUGGCCGCCUCGGGCCGGGCGGAGCCGCCCCAGAAGCCGCCCUACAGCUACAUCGCGCUCAUAGCCAUGGCGAUCCAGGACGCGCCGGAGCAGAGGGUCACGCUGAACGGCAUCUACCAGUUCAUCAUGGACCGCUUCCCCUUCUACCACGACAACCGCCAGGGCUGGCAGAACAGCAUCCGCCACAACCUCUCGCUCAACGACUGCUUCGUCAAGGUGCCCCGCGAGAAGGGGCGGCCAGGCAAGGGCAGCUACUGGACGCUGGACCCUCGCUGCCUGGACAUGUUCGAGAACGGCAACUACCGGCGCCGGAAGAGGAAGCCCAAGCCAGGCCCGGGGGCCCCGGAGGCCAAGCGCGCCCGCGCCGAGACGCAGGAGGACCGCUCCGAGGUGCAGCCCCGGGCGGGAAGCGGGUCAGGGCGCCGCGGACCCGCGACCCCCCGCCAGGAGGGAGAGCCCGCGCGCUCCUCGCCCCUGCGCGACGGCUCCUCUCUGCCCGCACCCCUCCACCGGCCUGGGCCCGCGUCCCCGGAGGACGCGGGCGACGCUGUCCAGGGUGCAGCGGCCUUGGCCUUAGGCCAGCCACCUCGCACGGCGGAUGGCCCGGCGUCCCCCCCACGCCCUGCUUCCCACGGCUCUCCGAAGACCUCCGACAAGUCCAAGAGCUUCAGCAUAGACAGCAUCCUGGCCGGUCGGCGGGGUCAGAAGCCGGCUGGAGGGGGCGAGCUCUUGGGGGGCGCCAAGCUGGGGCCCUGCAGCCGCUUGGGGGCCUCACUCGUGGCCCCCUCCUCAAGCCUCCGUCCGCCUUUCAACGCUUCCCUGAUGCUCGACCCCCACGUCCAGGGCGGCUUUUACCAGCUCGGGAUCCCUUUCCUGUCCUAUUUCCCUCUGCAGCUUCCCGACAGCGCGCUUCCCUUCCAGUAAGGCCGGCGGGGGCGCGGGUCCUUCCCCCACCCUUGGCUGGGCUUGUGAGUCACCAGGGGUCCCAUCGCUGGGGAAAGGAGCCACUUACUAUAAUUUUUAAAAAAAUGAUCUUUUCUUCGGCAACGUGUGGAUCCUGGGAAGUGUUAUCAACUUUUGCACGCAGGUGGGCACCGUGGCUUGCCUCCUCCGAGGUGAGGCGGACUUUCCCAGAACCCGGAGCACCUUCAGAGAUUUAAAAGACUGCCUGGCUAGAACUUGGGCUUCUCAGACCCCCUACUGCCAGAGCAGGAGAAUUCCUUGAUCUUAGGUCAGUCUGAGGUUGUGAUCUUUUGCUACCCAGCACAGGUCCUUCAUGUCCAGAGCAGAAGGGCCCAGACAACCAGGGAGCAGGAUGGAAGGGACAGUGGGGUGCUUUCAGACAGAGCCACAGUCUGACUGUGGCCAGCUCCAUUGUUGCUGCGGCUCAGGCCUUGGCUUUGAAUCCAUGGGGAGGUGGGUGUUCACAGCUGGGUUUGUCCUUGAAGUCUUGUUGUGGGGACACUGGCAGUGACCCCUGUGUUUCAGGUUCUUUGGGAGAUCUAGGGCCUGGUGAGGAUUUACAACCAAUGUCCAGGUGCAACCUAAGAAACCACAGUUUUAUUUUAAAUAGAGAAUUUCUCUCUUUUUUUCUUUCUAGACAGUAAAAGGAAUAUGCUAUAUUCUUUGGCUAGAUGCUUGACUAUAGUACAACUGCCCUGUGAAAAUGUCUGUAUUAACAACUGCUAGUAGGAAAGUACACGCUAUAAAGAAAUUUUGUUGCAUUAUGACAGGAUGCUAGUCAGCACCCAUGAUCUCCUGGACAUGUUGCCGACAUUAGCAGGCGUCCUACCUUGUUGUUUUUGUUCUUAAGGGAUCAAAAGAUAGCAGAGGACACCGGAAGUGUGUGAGGGGGAGGGAAGGUGUCUUGGACAUAGAAAAUUUUCCAUCUCAGUGUUUUUUUCCCAAGACCUAGGUUUGAUUUUUCCUACAAUUUCCAGAAUCGUGUAAGAAAGGACCACCUUUAAUCCAAAAGGUUGGAUGAAACAAACACGAAAAGCAGAUACUGGCCAAGAUGGGUCAUGCUGGGCAGAGAAAGGGAAACUUCUGAUAUCUGCUGGGGUUGUCUUUGGACCUCAAAUAGGAGGCUCAGUGGGAGAUCUUUCCGACAUUCCCGGCUGAUGGCGUCCCAGCCAGCACCCAGAUCUUCCCUCCGAGCCCCUUCCCAGGGGUGGGGCCCAGAGCCAACAGCUAAUAAACACCUUAUGGAGGUGUCUGGAAAUCUGGGGGGUGGGGAGCAAGAAGGUUGGGGCCCGGGAGGGGGGUGUCCUGCAACAAAGAUCUGGAUAAGAAGAUGUAGAUUUUUACAACCCAGUUCAGCUUGGAACUUUUGGGAAGUGCAUCUGACCUCUUGGUUAGCUCCCUCUUUGGGUUGCCUUGUGGGGGAAACGGACUUUUCUGAACCUCCAAUUGACUUUAGUUUUAUCUGAUGUGGGAAAGGCCCAGUAAGUCAUGAGUUCUGGAGGUAGGCUGCAACAGAUCUUCAAAAAUAACUUUGGAAGCAGUUUCCAGGACUUGUAUAAAGAUGAACACAAACUUUCCAGCAAGAGAGUCUAUAUCGCUGAAUAUCCUCAACAGGACAUUUCAGACAUGUGUAAUGAUCUAAUGAUUAGGAAGCACAGAGUUGACUUUCUGAGAAUUUCUUCUUAAAGGCAGUUGCCACUGACCCAUAAGUUUCCCUGAGCAUAGUCUGCCCAGGCUGGUGGGGACGUUUUGGUGAGCUGCACAGUGUCCUUGAUUUUGAGAACUUUGAUGAGAUCCCACUGUAGAGACCCAGGCUCACUGUGAUUAACCUACAAUGUGGCGGAAGGGCUGUCCUGGACAUUUUGUUAUCCCAAAGUCUCAGCCUCUGUGAAUAAAGUUG